AUGGUUGCACGAACAUCCUCACGCAACGCGGCCCAGAAGGCCAAGGAAGCCAUUUCGACUUCCGCCGAGCCGACUGGCAAGACUUCCAAGGGAACGAAACGGAAAGCUUCAACCGAAAAAGCCCCGCAGCCCAAAAAAGAGAAAACGGAGGAUACAAAGCCAGAUGAAGAGAAAGCCGAGCAUGUAUCAGACGGUCCAGCAGCGAAGAGAGAGGAGGAACCUGUCAAGGCAGAAGAACCAUCCGAAGCACAACCACCAAAGGAGAAACCUGUCGAAGCCCCUCCGGAGAAGCCUCAAGAAGUCGAAGGAGGUCUUCGCAAAUCCGAGGAGAGGGAAAACGUAGUCUCCUCCAACAUCCUCGAAAAAGGCUUCAUCUACUUCUUCUUCCGCCCACGCGUCAACAUAGAGGAACCUCAGGAUAUCGGCGAUGUCUCCCGAAGCUUCUUUGUCCUCCGUCCAACCGUCCUUGGAGCGGAAUUCGACGAAGGCCAAGGCCCCGUCGACAAAGACGCCAAAUGUCGCCUGAUGAUUCUUCCGAAAAAGAAGUAUCCAACCUCAUCCAAAGAACGUGAUAUGGGAUUUGUGGAGAAAGCUGGACAAACUAUGCAAGAGCUUCAUGAAAAGUUCAUCACCGGUAGAACAUACGAGACUUCCACCCGCGGUGAGCGCCACGUCGAGGAAGCUAGACCCUACGCUGAAGGUGUCUACGCGAUCACUUCCACACCCCGGGCAUCCCACCUCGCUUACAUCCUGACCAUCCCUACCGAGUUGGGUGAUGUUCAGGAGGACUUCGGCCUGCAAGAACGAGGCAGCUGGAUCGUUCAGUCGAAGAGUCCCAAGUUCGCUGGUCCACCAGUGGGUCAACUACCGAAAGGCCCAGAAUACCCUCCAGAGGUCCUCGAGAAAUUCUCAGAUCUUCGAUGGGUGCCUCUGCAGCCCGAGUUCCUGGACUAUCCUAAUUCCCAAUUCCUCAUGAUCGGCGAGGCGCAGAAUGACCUUGGCAAGGCUGCAUUUGCUAUGGGUGGUAAACAGCAGCACGAGGAAGAGCCUGGUCAGGAAUUGGAGAAGCUGGAAGAUGAAAACGAGCAUCGGGUGGAUUCUCUCAAAGGAGAUGAAACCGUCUAUGAAGACCUGGGCUACCAUGCGAAGAAUUACCCCAAAGUUCUGACAACUUGGUACACGGGUGAAACCUGA